CAUCACUUAUUCUCUCUCUCUCACAAAGGAUACUCUCUGAUUCUCCCGCAAUCUGAAGUGGUAAAGUUUUUGGAUACUGGGAUUUGUCUGUCUCUAUGUAGGUAGAUUUGGAUAAUGAAAAUCCAAUGCGAUGUGUGUGAGAAGGCACCGGCAACGGUGAUAUGCUGCGCGGAUGAGGCUGCGUUAUGUUCAAAAUGUGAUUUUGAAGUACACGCAGCUAAUAAACUAGCAAGCAAACAUCAGAGGCUUCUUCUUCAAUGUCUUUCUACCAAGCUUCCAACAUGUGAUAUAUGCCAAGAGAAGCCUGCUUUCAUAUUCUGUGUUGAGGACAGAGCUCUGUUUUGUCAAGAUUGUGAUGAACCUAUUCAUUCUGCAAACAAACAUGCUGCCGACCACCAAAGGUUCCUUGCUACCGGCAUUCGGGUCGCCUUAGGUUCUCGUUCCAAUAACAACAACAACAACGAUGCUCCUCCUCCAAACUCAAUAACAUCAUCAUCAUCAAAGCCAUCGCACCCACCAACUCAACAACAACCUGUUUCUCCAUGGGGUGUCGACGACUUGUUGCGUUUCUCCGACUUUGAAUCAUCAGACAAGAAAGAACAUCUGGAGUUUGGUGAACUUGAGUGGUUGCUUGCAGAUGAUCAUGUUGCGGCUGCGGAAGUUCCUCAGCUUAACAACAAUUAUGCUGCUAAUUCUUCAUACAGGCAGACUAAAUCCAACGUGCCGCCAUACAAGAAGGCAAGAAUCGAGAUCCAACAAGAUGACGAUGAUGAGUAUUUCACGGUUCCUGAUCUGGGUUGAAUUAUUUAUAAUUAAUUGUUGGAUUAUGUAACUAAUUAUGAAUGUUUGUUAAUUAGUUUGAGAUUCUAAAACAUGUCAUCACUUCAAAUUACA